AUGGCGAACACCUACAACAUCGAUAUUAGCGACACAGACGCUUUCGAGCACCAGCCGCUAGCUGAUUCCAGUAAGCAGAUACGGCUAUUGGCUGUCCUACCUGGGAACCCAAAUGAAGACAUUCGAGUACGAUUAAGUACGCACUGGCUCGACCUUGAAGACGGGAGCGAUAAUCAAGACGAGUAUCAAGGAGAGGACUACGAAGACUUUGCAGGUGUACCGCCGACUCCACUCGACCGAUACGUGCGGUUCUCUAGCGUGCCUCCGUAUAACGCGAUCUCAUACACAUGGGGUGACACCCAGACAAGGCGGAUUUGGAUUGACGACCAACCCCAUACCGUGCGGGAGAACUGCUACUACGCCCUCUGGCAGUAUCGAUUACACUAUUCCGAAGUGUACGUCUGA